UGUUUGACACUUCAGUUUUUGUUAUGAAUACGAAGGAAAAAGUCGCGUAUCGGUCAACAUCUCAAUCCCAUCCCCUCCUCUUUCAUAGACUUAAAAAUCACAUUAUUUUUUUUUAAUGAGCUAUUAAGGUAAGUUUAAUGUCCUCUUCGCUGGGUGAUUGGUGUUAGUUAACAAACAGGAACCAGAUUAUUCAAUAUUUAUAAAUGUUGCCGUGAUAAUAAAGUAAAUUGAGAUACAAUUGUAAUUACAGCUAAAAUGUGACAAACCAUACAGCUUGCCACCAAGCGGUAACAUAAUAUGACUGAUCUCUUGACGCUUGCCGCGCCUGCAGUUUUUUUAAAUGUGUACACAGACUGAUCAACUGGCGAAAUUCCACCGCAUGAGGGCCGUUUUGUGCACAGUGAUAUUUCACACACAUGUUUUUUUCAUGCGGUCAAGUGGUUUCCGCUCUGCGUAUACCCUCUGCGUUUCCUGCACGCAGCUAGCCUUUAAUAAAGUUCGCAGAGCGACUCUUUCAUAUUGCAUAAUGGACUUUGAUUCUGAAAGGAAAGCUCCUUCUCUGACGAUCCACAAAUUGUGUUUACGUUGACCGUAUUAUUAGAUUAUUUGAAUCUUCCUCGAUCAAUUCGAUCACCAUCGCAAAAAUGGCUACCACUAUGGCACCCUUGAACACGACAAACGACGUGGGGGAUGAACUGAACCCCGGUUGGGGGAUCAGUGAAAUCGAAAACAGCAUGGUGGUGCGAGCAAUCUACGGUAUUAUAGCAGUGCUGGGUAUCACAGGUAACUUUGUAGUCUGCCUGGUGCUGCUUCGAGUCCCCAGUCUCCGCUCACACACCAGUAAUUUCCUCGUGCACCUGUCACUGGUGGAUCUGAUACUAUGCAUCUGGGCGGUGCCGUUUCACCUGUUCCCCCACGUGCCCGACCCCAGCCCGGGGGUAGGGGGCGACAUCAAGUGUCGCUUGUACUCCUCCAAGUUUCCCCUGUGGACCUGUGCCUUGGUCUCCAUCUGUAGCCUGGUCACUGUUAACCUAGAGCGCUACAUCGCAAUCGUCUAUCCCAUCAAAUACAAGAACAUCUACACACCUAGAAACACAGCCCUAAUGAUCGCUGCCUGCUGGGCCAUAGGAAUCAUCUCCAACUCCUACACGUUCUACGUCUACGGCAACAACGAAGACGGUCACUGUGUCUUCUUCGGCUGGCCUACCAAAGGGUUUCAGGUGGUGUUGGGUCUCUGGAACUUCAUUUCCUAUUACCUAGCACCCUUCAUCUUCAUGGUUAUAACUCAAUGGAGAGUUAUCAAGACGCUCAGGGACCAGGCUAAGAUGCUAAAGGAGAAACGAGAACGAACAGUGUCGACGGUCCGGAAGUCACAAUACCGUAAGAUGUGGCAGGUCCACGCGGCUCAAGAGUUGGAGAAGACACUCCUGAUUGUCAGCAUCACGUAUGCCAUCUGCUGGGCGCCUAACCAGUUCCUCUUCAUCGUCUUCAACCUGAGCCCGGACCCUGAGAUCGUUGACUUCGGGGCUGCCUACUACCAUUUCACCGUGAUCCUAGCCGUGGCUAACUCCUGUCUCAACCCCAUCAUCUAUACCAUGAAGAACAGGCCCUUUCGUCGCGGUAUCCGUAAGGUGUUUGGCUGUCCGCGGGGGAUUCACCCCAAGAAGCAGAAGCCUGUCGCGGCAGAGGUCGCUACUGUUAAUAGCUCUGAUAUCAUCAGGCUUGGCCACGGGCCUGGUGUGAUCGUACAAGAGAGUACUAACGAAACAUCGCAGCAGGUAUGACCGCCUAGGAAUUAGGAUGGUGAGAUUCAAGAACCAUCUUUUAAAAGCAGAUAUUCUGCUUGCCAGGCCCUUGCCAAUGUUCAGCCAAUGUUAUGCCGCUAUAUGCCAUUGUUACCAAUAUAGGACCCACUUUUUUUGGCCAAUGAGGCAAACGUACGUGGAACAUUAUUGGGUAAGAUUGGGCCAAUAUUGGCCACAUUCUGCCAAGGAUUGGCUUCCCCGAUUGGCCUGUUUUUGCCUAGAUGAGCCCAAUAUUGGCCAGAUGUUUCUAUGCUGGCUGGAUUGCUUGUCCAAAAUGAGGACAAGAGAAGAAUGUAUUAAUAUAGACUACUUGCAGUUAAAUUGUAUUGCUGUAAAUUCCAAAAUGUACACUUUUCUUUUAGUAUGGGUGACGAUAUCAUCCAGGCCUACAUUAUUUUCUAGCAACAUAAUUUGUGAGUUUAUUUUUAGUCAAUUAGAAUGCACCAUUGGCACCCAAAACAUGUAUAAAUAAAAAAAUUAGCAUUUUCCCUUAGUUUUGGAAAAUAUUCUCGGAAUGCUGUAAUAAUAUAAACAAGGCUUCUUCCUUCACUGGCAUAAUGUUAUCAAAACUGUACGGCUACAUUUUCCUUAGAACUAGUGAGUAUUGUUGAAUACGUUUUAGUCAUCAGGUUUCGAAGAGAUCCUAUAAUAAGGGCUCCCUGAAAACACUUAUUAAUUUUCUCUCCAGAAAUGGAACAAUAAAUACUACAAAUUUCGUAUACAUCGAAUAUUUUAUAUAGGGUUAUUACCUAUAUAAUGGAAAAGUGUACAAAAGCUGAAAGGCCUUGGAAAUAAAUGAAGGCAAUUAAGACGACGACAAGUAAAAACACAAGUCUUGUCACAGUGAAUGGGAAUAAGCACUGGUGGGAAAGUGCCUUCGUCUAAUUCGUUUAAAUUCAUAAGUGUACCGUGAUGACUAGAUUACGGUUGUGGUCGCUAAGAAAGAAAAAGAGAAGCAAUUUCCUACUUUCUCUGUUUUGUUCAUAAAUAAGAACCCUGGAUAAAGUACGUCUACUCAACGAAACACGAGUGUCCACUGAUAUUAAACUGCGCCUUAUUUCAAUGCACGAGGACUUCAUUCUGUUCAAGUCAACCCUUGAUAGUUGAAGUUAUAAAUGGCUCCGUUGUUCGUACCUUUGGACGACGAGUCAUGAGUAAUAUCAACCGUCGGACACAGUGAGGUUCAAUAUUGACAGACUAGUUCAGCUGCAACGGGGCCUUACAAAAACAAAGGAUACCGCGUAUUGCGCAAUAGACUUGUGAUAGGUUCAAACUGACGAUGACUCGACUUUCCUGGCCAAAACAAAUAGCUGCGAAAUAACGAUUGUCUCACAACCGCUACUCUUUCUAAACUAUGACUAUAAACUGGUACAGCAAAUAAGAACAAGCGAAGUUGAGCGGAUUAUGUUCAGGCCUAUAUGAUUAUCAAUAUAUAAACUACAGUUUUUGUACAUAAUGUAUUCUAAUUAUUACUUGAACAAUACUUCCUUGUUUCAAAAGCAGGCAGUUUGCUGAUAACGUGGUGAUUAAGGAUUCAUAACAGUGUCAAUUAAUGCUCCUCCACGCCUUAUCUGUUUUGAUAUUGUGGUUGAGAUGGCAUUAUGUGACCAUGCAGUUUUCCAUCUUUAAUGCGCAGAUAUACGUUGAGAAAAGUCUGAGUGUUCCGCAUUGACUGCAAUUUUGAAUUAUUUGUAAAAGUUCUCAAUCUCCAAAAGAAGCUGGAAGAUUUGUUACUAAAAUAAUUUACCAAAGAAAUGUAAACCAUGCAUGAAAUGAAACUGUGAAUAAUAUUUAAGGAAUAUCUUGAAACCGCAACGCAUCGCUCUAUUGCAUACUGAGUAAUUUUAUUGCUUCAUAUUGUAUAAGUGCAAACAUUGUUAUGAUACCAGGAAGAUAGACAAUAAAAUAAUUAUUCUGGUUUUUACAAACGUGAAUUUUGUUUUAUAAAUAGACAAAGGAAGCAGGUAUAUACAAAACUGUGGCAGUAACAUUAACAAUUGUCUGCUAUACUAGUUAUAAUAUUGGUUUCGAUUUCAAGGAUAAGCAAAAUUAUAAAAUUAACCAAAUCUUUUCAUCUUAGACCAUCAUGCUCAGCAUAUAUGAGUACACCAACUUAUAUAUUGCUGACACAAAUAUAGGGACAGAACAAGAGAAGAGUUUAUAAUUAGAAAUGACACCAAGUUUUGACUGUGUUAUGCAAAUUCGAAUCUCUUUACCAACUCUGUUUACGGAAACGAAUUGCGCAAUGUAUAGUUGAUUGUUUUGUGUUGUAGCACAUGUUUUUUCGCUACGUUUGAUUGUUUAAACUGUGUCAUAAUCAUGUGAUGCUGUAAAGUCAUGUUCCCUGCCGACCCUUGCACACCCAAAUAAUGUCUGUUGACCACUUUUUUUUUAAUGACGAGUCAUGUACUGUGUUGUUGGUGACACACAGUAUCAUGGGGGUUUGCUUCACGUAUCCCGUGGGUGGGCCUAAUUCUUUCGAGAUGUUGUCUAUUAAUUUUGAAAUAGUAUUAUAUUUGCAAUCUAUAGCGGAACAUCGUAAUGUAAACAAUGUUUGCUACAUUUUAAUAAUGAUACAAUAAUAAAACGAAAAUUGCAACAUUGAGAAAA